AACACCUACCUCUUCAUGGUGCAAGCCCAAGGUAUCAUGAUACGUGAAAAUAUGAGAACGAUAGGAGCCCAGGUUUAUGAACAGGUGGUCCGCAGUGCCUAUGCCAAGAGGAACAGCACUGGAAAUGACUCUGAUUAUUCUCUUGAUUUGAAUCACAGUGAAAACUUUCUGCAAACAACAACUUUCCUUCCUGAAGAUUUUACCUAUUUUCCAAAUCAUACUUGCCCUGAGAGGCUCCCUUCUAUGAAGGGGCCAACUGAUAUAAAUAUGAGUGAAAUCAGUAUGGAUGAGAUCCACCAGUUCUUCUCUCAAGACCCUACUAUCAAAUUAGGAGGUCAUUGGAAGCCUAGUGACUGCUUGCCUCGCUGGAAAGUGGCUAUUCUUAUUCCAUUCCGCAAUCGUUUUGAACAUUUGCCGGUUCUCUUUAGACAUCUUAUUCCAAUGCUGCAACGCCAACGUUUGCAAUUUGCAUUUUAUGUCAUUGAGCAAGCAGGGAAUCAGCCCUUUAAUCGUGCUAUGCUCUUUAAUGUUGGCUUUUGGGAAGCUAUGAAAGACUUGGACUGGGACUGUUUGAUCUUUCACGAUGUGGAUCAUAUACCUGAGAACGAUCAUAACUAUUAUGGGUGUGGACAGAUGCCAAGACAUUUUGCUGCUAAGUUGGAUAAGUACAUGUAUAUCCUUCCAUAUACUGAAUUUUUUGGUGGAGUGAGUGGCUUGACUGUGGAACAGUUCAAAAAAAUCAACGGCUUUGCAAAUGCGUUCUGGGGCUGGGGUGGAGAAGAUGACGACCUUUGGAACAGGGUUCACUAUGCAGGCUAUUUGGUUAGUCGACCAAAAGGAGAUACAGGGAGAUAUAAGUCAAUUCCCCAUCAUCACAGAGGGGAAGUUCAGUUCUUAGGAAGAUAUGCACUGCUGAGGAAGUCCAAAGAGAGGCAAGAAUUGGAUGGCCUCAAUAAUUUGAACUAUUUUCCAAAUAUUACAUAUGAUUCUUUGUAUAAAAACAUAACUGUCAAUCUAUCACCAGAGCUGGCUCUGGUGAGUGAAUACUAAGAGAAUAUGAGAAGAGAAUGUCAAGAGAUGGUUUUAUAGAUGUCUCCUGGACAAGAAUAAUCUUGUGUCUAAUGAAGGAUCACAGUAUUUUGAAGAAUAAUUUUCAAAAAUACACACAGAGAUCAUCAGACUGUAGACAUAUUCACACUGUCAGUGAGUUUGGACUUGACUUGCUUUUUGAUUUCUUUUUAAAAAGAACAAUGGUGUGAC